AUGCCGCUGUUUCUUACACCACAGCCAUCUACACCCCCUUCCUCCACGGCAGCCGAUCCGCUUCCCACAGCAGAGGCUGUGGAAACACCUGGCACCCUCCUUCCCAGUGUUCCUUCCAACUCCGGGCAUGUGGCAAGGCAGGGAGAAGCUCCGGGGGACGAGGCCUCUGACCAGCCCCGAGCACUCAGCUCCCGGCACCGCGGUGGGGACCCCAACCGCGCCACGCGCGCCGAAGGGACUCCGCGAGCUCCUGCAGGUAACGGGCUGGGUGCAGUCCGGAGCCCAGACCAGGCCGCUGCUGAAUUAUGCCCGGGGGAGAUCGGUGUCCUUCAGGGCGGAAGGCUCAGAAACGGAGCGCGCGAGCUUCUGGGCGGCGGUAAGGGCGGGUUGGGAGUUGGGUUCGGCGAGUUCAAAGGAGGCUCCCGGGCUGCAGAGGCCCCGCCAGGCUGUCCCCGCCCUCCGAGCCCCGUCUCCUGCGGUCUCCUGGACUGCGGCGACGAGGGGAAGUGCAAACCUUCUUUUUUCUCCUGUCCUCUUCCCCUGUCUCUGCCCUGCCUGUCCUCUAUCACCCACCCUCCCCUCCACCAGGUCCAGCAUGCCAGCAAACAGAUCAGUGCUGAGAAGCAGUACAAAGGGAUCAUUGAUUGUGUGGUGAGAAUCCCCAAGGAGCAGGGCUUUCUCUCCUUCUGGAGGGGUAACCUGGCCAACGUGAUCCGUUACUUCCCCACCCAAGCUCUCAACUUCGCCUUCAAGGACAAGUACAAGCAGCUCUUCUUAGGGGGUGUGGAUCGGCAUAAGCAGUUCUGGCGCUACUUUGCUGGUAACCUGGCAUCUGGUGGGGCCGCUGGGGCCACCUCCCUUUGCUUUGUCUACCCGCUGGACUUUGCUAGGACCAGGUUGGCUGCCGACGUGGGCAAGGGUGCCGCCCAGCGUGAGUUCCAUGGUCUGGGCGACUGUAUCAUCAAGAUCUUCAAGUCUGAUGGCCUGAGGGGUCUCUACCAAGGUUUCAACGUCUCUGUCCAAGGCAUCAUUAUCUACAGAGCUGCCUACUUCGGAGUCUAUGAUACUGCCAAGGGGAUGCUGCCUGACCCCAAGAACGUGCACAUUUUUGUGAGCUGGAUGAUUGCCCAGAGUGUGACGGCAGUCGCAGGGCUGGUGUCCUACCCCUUCGACACUGUUCGUCGUAGGAUGAUGAUGCAGUCCGGCCGGAAAGGGGCUGAUAUUAUGUACACGGGGACAGUUGACUGCUGGAGGAAGAUUGCAAAAGAUGAAGGAGCCAAGGCCUUCUUCAAAGGUGCCUGGUCCAAUGUGUUGAGAGGCAUGGGUGGUGCUUUUGUAUUGGUGUUGUAUGAUGAGAUCAAAAAGUAUGUCUAAUGUAAUUAAAACACAAGUUCACUGAUUUACAGUGACCUUGAUCCACAAGUUCACAGAUCCAUUGUGUGGUUUAAUAGACUAUUCCUAGGGGAAGUAAAAAGAUCUGGGAUAAAACCAGACUGAAAGGAAUACCUCAGAAAAGAUGCUUCAUUGAGUGUUCAUUAAACCACAGAUGUAUUUUGUAUUUAUUUUACAUUUAAAUUCCCACAGCAAAUAGAAAAUAAUUUAUCAUACUUGUACAAUUAACUGAAGAAGUGAUAAGAAAUAACUGAAUGUGAAACAUCAAUAAAGACCACUUAAUGCAC